AUGGAACAGCGAUACGUUGCCGCAAACCAGACUCCUCGAAAAUUUAGGAACAUACGCCCGCCAUCUUCUUUUUCUUCUUCUUCUUUUUCUUCUUCUUCUGCUUUUUCCGUUUUCUUCUUCUUCUUCUCCUUCUUGUUUCCUUUUCUUCUUCUCUUUCUUCUUCUACUUUCGUUUUCUUUUUCUUCUUCUUCUUCUUCUUUCGUUUUCUUCUUCUUCUUCUUCUUCUUUCGUUUUCUUUUUCUUCUUCUUCUUUCGUUUUUCUUCUUUUUCUUCUUCUUCUUCUUUCGUUUUCUUCUUCUUCUUCUUCCGUUUUCUUUUUCUUCUUCUUCUUUCGUUUUUCUUCUUUUUCUUCUUCUUCUUUCGUUUUCUUCUUCUUCUUCUUUCGUUUUCUUCUUCUUCGUCGUCUUCUUCUUCUUCUUCUGUUUUUUUCUUCUUCCUCUUCCUCUUCGUCUUCUUCUUUCGUUUUCUUCUUCUUCUUUCGUUUUCUUCUUCUUCUUCUUUCUUCUUCUUUUUCUUUUUCUCUCUUCUCCUUCUUUCGUUUUUUUCUUCUCUUCUUCUUCUAUCGUUUUUCUUCUGCUUUUUCCGUUUUCUUCUUCUUCUUCUUCUUCUUCUUCUUCUUCUUCUUCUACACUCCUCGUUCGCCUGCCCAAGUGGCCAAUCUACGAACGAACGCAACAGCGAGAAAGGACAUUCAAAAUGGCGCCUAUAUUGAUUCCGACGGAAGCCGUACGUUCAGAAGCAUGA